UUGCCCAAGUGCUGAUAAAUGGAGGAGUGCCUGAAUUAAGAUUAUUAGAGAUGGGAGGUAACGUAGAAGAUAAAGAACUUGAGCUUUGGGAGAAGACUAUGGAAGAUAUUUUAAAACAGAGGCAAAAACUAGAGAUUAUUUGGAAACGAAAACCUAGUCAAAUGGAGAAUCAGCAGGCCCCUCCAAAUAUUAUGUAAUAAAAUAAUUGCUUGUAAAAUUUGAUCGAUUAUAUUAAGUUGUAGUACAUUUUCUGGAUUUUUAUCUGUUAUCUUGAUUUGGACAAGAAGGAAGAUGAUUAAGUGGGUUACUAAAUAUCUAAGACGGAUUAAAACAAAUUUUACAAUUCACGAGAUUUCAGGCAGUUUGGGCGAUUUAGGCACGCUUCUGCCUAUUAUGAUGUCUUUAGCUAUUUCAGGUCAGAUCAACUUAACUAGUACUCUCUGGUUUACUGGUAUAUGGAAUAUUUUAUCGGGUAUAUGCUUUGGUGUGCCAGUAUGCGUACAACCUAUGAAAGCCAUUGCCGCUGUUGUAUUGACUAAAAAUAUGCCAAUUCAAGAAAAUAUGGCAGCUGGUAUAAGUGUUGGAGCACUCGUUUUCUUUCUAGGUAUUACACGUACAAUUCAUCUCAUCGGUACAUUUACACCUACUCCAGUAAUCAAAGGCAUUCAAUUAGGUACUGCUAUACAACUAAUCAAAAAAGCACAAAGCCUUGUUUCCGACCUCAAGUGGACAAUCGAUAGUACGAACUGGUCCGAUAAUAACACUUGGAUACUUCUGGCCUUUAUUUUUGUCGUCUUCUGUUAUCAAACUAAAGUUCCUUCAGCUCUUAUCUUAUUUUUAAUCGGCUUCAUUUUUGCUCUCAUUAUGAUGUUUGCCACGUCUAAUGAUUAUGAGCGACCUUCAGUAGGUCAUGGUCAUUAUCCUGAUACCAUUAUUGUACCUACAGCUGAUCAAUUUCGCUCUGGUUUUCUUAAUGCAGGCCUUGGCCAACUACCUCUCACUAGUCUUAAUUCUGUUAUUGCUCUCAGUGCUCUUAUCAUUGACCUAUUUCCUAACAAACGGCCCUCAACAUCAUCUAUUGCCAUGAGUGUAGGCGUUAUGAAUCUAGUGGGAUGUUGGUUCGGUGCUAUGCCUGUCUGUCAUGGCUCCGGUGGUCUUGCUGGUCAGUAUCGAUUUGGUGCACGAUCUGAGGUCUCUGUCAUCAUCUUGGGGUCCCUUAAAUGGAUUCUAGGAAUUUUGUUUGGUUCUUCCUUAGUUGGGCUUUUACAGGUCUUUCCAACCUCAAUCUUAGCAGUGCUAUUAUUUAUUUCAGGUGUUGAAUUAGGAAGUACAGCACGUACAUUGAACGAUGGAAUAGAAGAUGUGGAGAAACAACGUGAAAACUUUACUAUCAUGUUAUUGACAGCAGGAGCGUUAGUAUCAUACUCAAAUGAUGGAAUUGGAUUUUGUGCUGGGUUAGUAUCGGCAAUCUUGCUGGCGAUGCAGCGAUUAGGUAUUAAAGAAUGGUCAAAAUUAGCCCGGGAGAAUAUUUGUUCAGUACCUCAUGUUUGGAGAAACCAGCAUUUGGAAUCACCUAUAACAUUACCUAUCAUUACUGAAGAAAGAACUAAUAUACUGACAUCUUCUUCCAUCGAUAAUAAUUAUGGAACUCAACAACAAAAGAAUGCAGAUAUUCUUAAAGAAGAUGUACCUACUUCAACGAUCAAAAAAUAGUGUACAUACUAUUCGUAAUAAUAAAAA